CUCUCUCUCUCUCUCUCUCUCUCUCUCUCUCGUGUUGACGGAGGGAGGCCGUAUCUUGAAGUUUACGCGUUUUGAUUACUCCUCCGACGAAACCCACGACUGGUAAACCAAUGAGCCCACUUCUGCAGCAUUUACUCACACAAAAGCUAAACGCCUAGACCUUUGAAACUCCCCUUCCCUUACGGCCUUGCUUUUCUCCUUUAACUGUUGACUCUUCGACUUUUCCACUUUCCAUUCAGAUGACUGGUCACUACCCAUUUGGGCAUUUGCUUUGAUCCUUGUUGGAUUUGCUUCCAAAUCCUCCAAGAUGCUGUGCGGGUAAAAACCCUAAUGUUUUGCUGAUUGAGUUGAGGUUUGAUUCUCCGUUCAAACUCUGGAGAAAAUGUUGGAGGUUUUGGUUACUAAUUCCCGUCUAUGUAGAGUCUCAAUUUGCUGUAGUUUUUGAUGUUUACUGUUAGUUUCCUGGUUUAGCUCUUUUAGUUUGAAUGAAUCGUGGAUAACGAAAUUGAACGUUUUUGAAGCCUUUUUCUGGGCUGUUCAUUUAUGGCUUUGCCCAAGAAACCUCGGAUCAAAGAUGCGGCCUUUCGCCGCCUCUUGUCUGUGGUUGUGAUUACUUUGUUGGGUGCUGGUAUGCUGCUUUGUCUCCUUCAUACGAAUUCAAUUUCUCCAAAUCCCAUUGAGAUUGAUCAAAAAUUGGAUUUGGAUUUGGCUGCUAAUGUCUCCCUACUGGCUAAAUCACUUAACCUCUCCAAACAAAGUCGCUUGUCCGUCCUAUUGGAACAGCGAAAUGAAUUGCCCCCGAGAAACUUGGAUUUGUUCCCGAAGCUAGCUAAGGAUGGUAUAAUAAUUGUUCUAUAUGUUCACAAUCGCCCCCAGUAUCUGCGUGUAGCUGUUGAUAGUCUCUCUCGUGUAGUUGGGAUUGGUGAAACUCUAUUGAUAGUUAGUCAUGAUGGAUACUAUGAAGAGAUGAACAAGAUAGUGGAAGGUAUUAGGUUCUGUCAAGUGAAACAAAUAUUUGCCCCUUAUUCACCCCAUGUAUUUAAUAGUAGCUUUCCCGGUGUGUCGCGAGCAGACUGUACGGGCAAGGAUGAUCCAGCUAAGAAACAUUGUGAAGGCAGUCCAGAUCAAUAUGGGAACCAUCGGUCCCCAAAGAUUGUGUCGUUGAAGCAUCAUUGGUGGUGGAUGAUGAACACUGUGUGGGAUGGAUUGAAGGAGACUCGUCAGCACUUGGGUCAUAUUCUUUUCAUAGAGGAGGACCACUAUAUCUUUCCAAAUGCUUAUCGUAAUUUACAGAUGCUCAUAGCACUGAAGCCUAAAAAGUGUCCUAAUUGUUACGCUGCAAAUCUGGCUCCAUCUGAUGUGAAAUCAAGGGGAGAAGGAUGGGAGAGUUUGAUUGCAGAGAGAAUGGGUAAUGUGGGUUAUGCAUAUAAUCGCACUGUUUGGAAGAAGAUACAUAGGAAGGCAGGAGAAUUUUGUUUUUUUGAUGAUUACAACUGGGACAUAACAAUGUGGGCAACUGUUUUUCCUUCAUUUGGUGGCCCUGUUUACACAUUACGAGGUCCUAGGACAAGUGCAAUUCACUUUGGGAAAUGCGGUUUGCAUCAGGGCCAGGGGGAGACGUUUUCUUGCAUUGACAAUGGUGUGUUGAAUAUCCCCAUAGAAGAGGUUGAUAAAGCUGGCAAUAUCAAUCCAAAAUGGAGGGUGCAUGUUUAUGAGCAUCAGGCUGGAUAUCAAGCUGGGUUCAGGGGUUGGGGAGGCUGGGGAGAUACCAGGGACCGUGAACUGUGUUUGAAAUUUGCAAAAAUGUAUCACUUUGCCGGCAAAGCAUCUCAGUCCUGAAGAGUUGGAUAUUUCCAUUUCUGGAUUGUCAGUAUCCUACCUGGAAAGGUAUAAAGUUUUUGUGUUCAGCUAUUAAGAAAAAGAUCAAGUAGUUUUUCAGAAGUUUGUAUCAUGUUAGAUUUCUGUCAUAUUGUAUUCAUUAGGUUUCUGGAAUGAAAUUAUAAUGAUCCCCUAGUUUAUUGGCAAUCAGCAUUUGUGCUCACAAUUUCUGCUACAUUUCAUAUUUGUAUUACUAAAACUUGGUCAAGGUACUCAAUCUUGAUUGAGGAAAAUUUCGAGCUUCAA